AUGUCGACGACCCAGAGUGUUCAGUGCUUCGGCAAGAAGAAGACCGCCACCGCGGUCGCUCACUGCAAGGCCGGCUCCGGUCUGAUAAAAGUCAACGGAAAGCCUCUUUCCCUGGUUGAGCCCCAGGUCCUCCGUUUCAAGGUCUACGAACCCAUUUUGAUCAUUGGACUCGACAAGUUCGCGAACGUCGACAUCCGUGUUCGCGUAAGCGGUGGUGGUCAAACUUCCCAGGUCUACGCCAUCCGACAAGCCAUUUCCAAGGCCCUGAUUGCCUACUACCAGAAGUACGUCGACGAGCACAGCAAGAACCUGCUGAAGCAGGCCCUCGUCCAGUACGACCGCACCCUGCUCGUUGCCGACAACCGACGAUGUGAGCCCAAGAAGUUCGGCGGUCCCGGUGCCCGUGCCAGAUACCAGAAGUCCUACCGUUAA